AUGGACAACAUCGACGAGGAAUAUGACCGGCUUGUUGAACACCUUCACGACUGCGCGAGGAAGGCUGAGAGUUUUAAAACCACCAAGAGACGCCUGUCUCUUAAAACUCUUGAGCUGAUACGUCAGCGUGGAGCAGCACGAGCCGCAGGGAACCAAGAACUCACGUCCGAGCUCGCAAGGCUUUGCAGAGAGGCGAUGAAGGAAGACCUUAAAGAGAGAAGAGCAGAAGUGCUGGCUGAAGCUGCAGAGGCGGGGAAAAGCAUCCGCUAUGCCCGUCGAGACUUCGCCAGUCGCAAGAUGAGGAAAAUCAUCUACAACUUCUACUCUGAUCUCUUCGACAGCCAUGUCCACUUGCCUCCUCAUCAUCUGAGGGAAGAUGGACAAGUCAUUCCAGAGGUUCUCUCGUCCGAAAUACGACAUGCUAUCAUGUCGGUAAGAAAUCGUACGGCACCCGGUCCCGACAGAAUAAGACCAGAACACCUGAAGAGCCUUCCGCCAGUACUCAUCAACACCCUGGCGAGGCUCUUUACACGUUAUCUGUCGGAAUGCAAGGUUCCUAAACAGUGGAAGACCAGCAAGACCGUGUUGUUGUAUAAAAAGGGAGAUCCACAUGACAUCGGCAACUAUCGUCCAGUCUGCCUACUGAUUGAAAAAGUCUUGGAUGAAGGACAGCCAUGCGAGCAAGCAGGGUUUCGAAAAGGAUUCAGCACGAUUGACCACAUUCACACUGUUUCGAAACUCAUCGAGGUAUCACGAGAGUACAAGAUGCCGCUCUGUCUCACCUUCAUCGACUUGAAGAAGGCCUUCGACUCAGUUGAGACGGAAGCGAUCGUGGAAGCCUUGGACAACCAAGGCGUCCCUACUCAGUACAUAAAGAGGGGGCUCCGACAGGGUGAUACAAUUUCACCCAAAAUAUUCACAGCCACCCUCGAGAACGCAGUGCGAAAGUUGGAAUGGGGCGACAUGGGAGUGAAGGUUGAUGGUCGGCAGCUACACCAUUUGCGCUUUGCUGACGACAUCGUACUGAUAACACCUAGCAUCAGCCAAGCGGAACGAAUGCUGACCGAAUUCGACGAAACAUGUGGAUGCAUCGGUCUUCAGCUGAAUCUACAAAAGACGAUGUUCAUGCGGAACGGAUGGGUCUCGGAUGCCCCAUUCACGCUCAACGGAACGAACAUAUCCGAAUGCACCAGCUACGUUUAUCUGGGUCGGGAACUGAACAUGAUGAACGACCUGACCUCCGAGCUGGGCAGGAGGAGACGAGCGGCUCGGGGAGCGUACAAGAGCAUCGAGGAUGUAGUGAAGAAGACCAGGAACACACGGCUCCGUGCUCACCUCUUCAACACCACCGUACUUCCUGCUUUGACCUAUGCUUCGGAAACCUGGGCAUUUCGCAAGCAGGAAGAAAACGCGACCAGAGCCGUGAGCGACUGGGUUCCCCGCGAUAUUAAGCGCACUGCAGGAGGACCGCCGACCCGAUGGUCAAUUUCUUCACGAAGUCCUUCAAAGAAAAAUAUGAUGCUCGUCGUGUCCCACGCGAAAGGAGGAACCACUGGGCUACUCUGGCACGCGAUCGGGACAAAUGGAAGAAUCACUGGUUCCCGCUCGACCAGUUCGAAGAUCAACGGGAGUCAAGGUGAUCAAGGUGAACGCGGGAAUUUGCACCCUAUCUCGGAUGGUUCUUUUUAUCCGAAUGAUACAAUCGUAUCAUUCGUUCUCGUGAUCGAUCCGUCAGCGGUCUAUGCGGUUCGUAUCCGAUCCAAGGCUCUGAUGAAAGCGAUUUUGCCAAAACGUUUGCCAAUAAAAUUAUUUUACAAUCUUGGACAUUUGACCUAUUUGGUUAUGGGAUUUGGUGGCUUGCUAGACAAUAACAUCGUUUGGGAAGCUCACACCGCAGAACUGUGCAAGGCAUAUAACUUCUCCGUUCCCGGAGCGUACACUCGGAGGCUUGAUUGUGUUCAAAACAAGCAGAGCCAAAGAGAUCAGUUUGACGAUGGCUGUGGUUCCUCUACUCCGUCGAAAGAACUGUCACUGCUUCAGCCAGAUCCUUGUUUUACCGUUGUGAGUGGAAACGAAAUAAAGCCGCCAACUAUUAGCGAGAAGAAACCUGUGGGCGAUAUUGUUUUACCAAAAACUCAGCUUCGACAAGAUUCUUUAUCUGACUUGAUCACACCAGACAAAAUAUUGUUCCAUAGCAAUGGAACAGGUAGCCCCUUGAAGAUGUUGGUUGAUUCGCACAUUGAAUUUUCGAACAACGAUGGUUACCAUGGGACUUUUCUUCUGUCUCAAGAUUGGGAAAUUCCUCGUUGA